AAAAAAAGAAGGGUUUUGUUUAGAAAUGUCCAUGAUGUGAAUAUUUAAAACGGAAAAAGAACAAAACAAAUCGAUGAAGCGGCACAAUCAUUAACGUAUUACGUCACGUAGGAAAUAGGAAAGUCAAACUGACACAGAUUACCACAUAUAUUAUAGUAUUGAAACGACAUCGAGUUGUAAGAUAUUUGUAGUACAACCUCGAAAAAAGUUUAAACGCUAAGCCCUGACAAGUUUUUCUCCUUCCUUGUGUGGUUGCCUGUCCUUCUAAGUUUCAGAUUAAACCAGGAUAACUGUAAUUGGUGUGAAUUAAUCAUUUUAGAUUGAUUCGCUAACUGGAGGGAAUUGCGAGCAAGCAUUAUGGCAAAAAUGAACCCAGGCAAAAUGACUCUGGAGGACUUUUCUUUGCCUGGGACAGUUCCUGCAGAAGAUCUUUAUUUCCAGGGCGCCAUUACAAAAAACGACAUUGAGCUCGAUUCAUUGAAACCGAUCAAGCCAAAACGAGAUAACGAUGCUGAUGAAGAGGGGAAAGAUGCGGCUCUACCAAGCAAUUAUGGAAUAUGGAAUAAUUGGGUGAAUAACACUUCACUGCAUGGUAUCCGUUAUGUGUUCUGGAGACGUCCCCUCUGGGCCCGGAUUGGCUGGUUGCUAUUGCUGCUGGCAUUUACCGCAUAUUUCUUAUUCACUGCGUACAAAUCAUUAGACAAAUACUUCAAACGUCCUAUAAACACUGUAAUCACCCAAAAGUACGUCAAUAGUCUUGAAUUCCCAGCUGUCACCAUUUGCCCACAAAAUCUUAUAAGCAAGAAAAAGAUGUAUGCUUUGGACGGCGACGCUGAUUUUGUUCGGUACAGUCUCAACGACAGCUUCUGCUCAGCUACGAAGUCAGUUCGUGGUGACAAGCCCUGUGGAGCAGCCAUGGUCUGCUGUUGUUUACCCUUCUUUCUGUUCGAUGGCGGGAACAUUGUUCCAAACUGUACAACUCCGUACCUUGCAGCCUUGAUUGCCGCACAAUACACCUCUGGAACCUUUUUCGACACCAUAAAAUUUUACGAAAAGUACAGCCCGGGAGUCGAGGAAAUGCUGAAAUCUGGAUUAUGUGUAUUUGAUGGCAGAAUAGAUAAGCUAUGUGGCGUAUCGGAUUUCUCGUCAUCCGUGACGGACUGGGGUGUGUGCCACACUUUUAAUGCGGGGCUUGGUGGACCGGACAGCAUCAGAAAAGCUAAAUUUACAGGCGCCGGAGGGGGUCUGAACAUCUUAUUGACCGCGCAGAUUGAUGAUAACACAAUUGGAAGACUGUCGGAGGGAUUUAGUGUUAUAAUUCAUCGACAAGGAGACCAUUUUCUUCCUUGGGAUGGGAUUAACGUUGGACCUGGUAUGCAAGCCACAAUCACGCUGCAUCAACAGAGGGUGAGCCAAAGUAAAGAUACUUAGCUGUCGGUCGUACUCGGAAAUUUAUAACCCACCUUGAUACAUGGGAGUAAUUCCCCCUUCCCUAAAAUUGUUCUGCGUUUUAUAGAUAGACCUCAGCUUACUCUAUAAGAUAAGAUGUCCUUUGCUGGUUACGACAUAAUAUGAUGCCACACUUAAAUAUUCUCACUUUUUUUAAAGGUUAGAGUUAAAUGAAUCCGAAUGGAUCCAUAAAUCAUAACCGAAUGUAAAAUGGUAUUGAUCCUGUAAAGCUGCUCAGCAAGACUGGGGGAAAACGAGGAAUUCUGCCCAAGAGCAACAUUUGGCUUAACCUGCAUGCCAAAACAAGGUUGCUGUGGCAAUGUCAAAUUACGUGGAGAACCAAUUACAUGUAGCACGUUAAAGUUUCUGCGCAUGAAAUGAACAGGAUGUAUGAUCAGCUGUUGAAUGUUUUAGCAUGACAGUGGAGAUCCUCUUUUCAACUUUACGUAUUUGCAUCCAAUACGUGCAACACAACCAUCCCGUGAUAUGUGUAUGUUAUAUUUAUGUCAUGUUUCCCAUUAAGCUAAGUUGGAUUUCUUUCUCAUUUUUAUUUUCUGUAAAACAUACACAGAAAAUUGAUUAACAGUUA